CUCGCUUCCUAAGGCUCAUCCCAGUUGCCUGGAGUGAAGAGGGACGCAUUGGUCUCCGCAUUGAAGUGUAUGGAUGUUCCUACUGGGCGGACGUUAUCAACUUUGAUGGACAGGGAGUCAUUUCAUAUCGUUUCAAGGUGAAGAAGAUGAAGAUUAUAAAAGAUGUGAUCGCAUUGAGAUUUAAGACAUCAGAGAGCGAGGGUGUGAUUCUCCAUGGGGAAGGGCAGCAGGGCGACUACAUCACUCUGGAGCUCCGUAAGGCCAAGCUACUCUUGCAGAUAAACUUAGGCAGUAACCAGUAUGGCUCUAUCCUGGGUCAUACUUCUGUGACCACUGGAAGUCUCCUAGAUGACAAUCACUGGCACUCUGUGGUGAUUGAACGCUACCGUCGCAAUGUUAACUUCUCCUUAGAUGGACAUACUCGACACUUCAGGACUAAUGGAGAAUUUGAUCAUCUUGAUUUGGACUAUGAGUUAAGUUUUGGGGGGAUGCCAUACAGUGGGAAGCCUGUGGGAGGUGGAAGAAAAAACUUCAAAGGCUGCAUGGAGAGCAUCAACUACAACGGAGAUAACAUUACAGACCUGGCCCGUCGCAAGAAGCUAGACACUUCCAGCUUUCAGCGUAACCUGUCUUUCACCUGCGUGGAGACCCACAGCUUCCCCGUCUUUUUCAAUGCGACCAGUUUCCUGCAGCUGCCCGGGCGAGCCAAUCAUAACACAGUGUCUGUGGGCUUCCAGUUUCGUACAUGGAACCCUGACGGCCUUCUGCUAUUCGGUAAUCUUGAUGAUGGCACCCUAGAAAUCUCGCUGGAAGAUGGAAAAAUUAUUGUCCGGAUCAACGUUACGACAUCUGCCAGAAAUUACCGGGUGGACUUACUAUCAGGCUCCGGUCUCAAUGAUGGCCAGUGGCAUGCUGUACGUCUGGUGGCCAAAGAGAACUUUGCCAUGUUGACAGUGAAUGGCGAAGAAGCGUCCGCUGGGCGUUCCACCUCCCCUCUCAGCAUCACUACGGGAGGAACCUAUCACUUGGGAGGGUACUUUCUGCAAACACUGUUUCCACCAUCCCAGCGAUCCUUUCAGGGAUGCAUGCAAGCAAUUCUGGUGGACGAUCAUCCUGCUGAUUUGCAUGCAGUGGAAAAAGGCACAGUAGGGGCAUUCGAGAAUAUCAGCCUGGACAUGUGUGCAAUCAUAGACAGGUGUAUGCCUAAUCACUGUGAGCAUGGAGGCCGGUGUAAGCAGACGUGGGACAGUUUCAGUUGUAAAUGUGAUGGAACAGGAUACAGUGGAGCGACCUGUCACACAUCUCUCCAUGAGCCCUCAUGUGAGGCUUAUAAGCACCUGGGUAGGUCAUCUGACACCUACUGGAUUGACCCCGAUGGUAGCGGACCUCUUGGCCCUUUCAAAGUCAUCUGCAAUAUGACAGAAGACAAAGUUUGGACGACUGUAAUGAACAACCUACCCCCCAGGAUAGCGAUCACUGGCUCGAGCAGAGAGAAACGAACUGUCCUACAAGUCAACUACAGUACCUCUAUGGAUCAGGUGACAUCCAUCACAACCAGUGCAGAACACUGCGAGCAGGAAAUCACGUACAUGUGUCGCAUGUCCCGACUGCUCAACACUCCAGACGGGACUCCCUACACAUGGUGGGUUGGCAGAGGCAGUGAGAAACAUUUUUACUGGGGCGGAUCAGGACCUGGUAUCCAAAAGUGUGCCUGUGGCAUUGACAAAAACUGCACCAACCCCAAAUACGACUGCAACUGUGAUGCAGACGGCAAGCAGUGGAGGAAUGAUUCUGGUCUCUUGACAUAUAAAGAGCACCUGCCAGUUAGCCAGGUUGCUGUUGGUGACACAAACAGACCGGGCUCUGAGGCCAAACUCACUGUUGGACCACUCCGCUGCCAUGGAGAUAAUAACUACUGGAAUGCGGCAUCAUUCACCACCCCGUCAUCCUACCUGCAUUUCGCCACCUUUCAGGGAGAGACCAGCGCUGACAUCUCCUUCUAUUUCAAGACGAGUGCUCCCUACGGCGUCUUUCUGGAAAAUCUGGGCAACACUGACUUCAUCCGCCUGGAGCUCAAGUCUCCUACUGUGGUCUCCUUUUCUUUUGAUGUUGGGAACGGCCCUGUGGAGCUAACUGUGCACUCAGAAACGCCUCUCAAUGACGACCAGUGGCAUCGUGUGAUGGCUGAACGUAAUAUCAAAGAGGCAGUCCUCCAGGUGGACCAGAUCUACCGGACAUCCCGGCUAGCACCCGCACAGGGACACACACGGCUAGAGCUGUUUAGCCAGCUCUACGUGGGGAAACCAGCUGCACUCACCUGUCAAGACAGUGCUGCGGGGGGGCAGAGGGGGUUUCUAGGCUGUAUUCGAGCCUUAAGAAUGAACGGCAUCACCCUCAACCUGGAGGAGAGAGCCAAAGUGACGCCUGGGGUUAUGUCUGGCUGCCAGGGCCACUGUACCAGCUUUGGGAUGUACUGCAGGAAUGGAGGGAAAUGUGUGGAGAGGUAUAAUGGCUAUCUGUGUGACUGCACCACCACCGCCUUCAACGGCCCGUUCUGUACCAAAGAUAUUGGCGGUUUUUUUGAAGCAGGAACACUGGUCAAAUACAACUUCAUGCCUGAAGCAGUACAAGGGACCAGUAAAGACACAAAAGCCUUGACACAACAGCUGAUGCCAAAUGAUGUGAAUUUAACAAAGGAAGAGGUGACCCUUAGUUUUAGUACAACUAGUACUCCAGCUAUUCUUAUGUACGUGAGCUCCAAGAUGCAGGACUACCUCGCUGUGGUUUUGAGACAUGAUGGUUCUCUGCAGGUUCGGUAUAACCUUGGGGGUCUGAGGGAUCCAUUUGUAAUAGAUGUGGACCAGCGUAACCUGGCCAAUGGACAACCACACAACAUGAACAUGUCCCGUCACAACAGAAGUAUCUCCAUCCAGCUGGAUCAUUACCCUCCAGUCAGCUACAAACUUCCAGAGGCCUCAGACAUACAGUUUGACCUGGUAAAGACGCUGUUCCUAGGCAAGGUCUAUGAAACUGGACCUGUAGACCCCGUCCUUAUCGAGCGAUACAACAGCCCAGGUUUUAUAGGCUGCCUGUCUAGGGUGCAAUUCAACGGAGUUGCUCCACUCAAGUCUGCACUGAGGAAAGCUGAAGAAGCUCAGGCUGACAGUUACCCUGCAUCGGCCUCUCCUGUAUCCUACCAGGGCAAACUUGUACAAUCCAGCUGUGGGGCUUCGCCUCUCACCGUCCCACCAAUGUCUGCUGCACCAAACCCCUGGCCUCUGGACAACACACAUGCGGAGCCACCCUCCAAUGAGGAGCGAGUCAUUCCAGAUGGAGUUAACAGGGACUCCGCUAUCAUUGGAGGCAUCAUCGCCGUGGUGAUCUUCACCAUCCUGUGCACUCUGGUGUUCCUGAUCCGGUACAUGUUCCGUCACAAGGGCACCUACCACACCAACGAGGCAAAGGGCAGCGGCGAGUCAGCCACAGAGUCAGCUGACACGGCCAUCAUCGGCACCGACAACCCAGAAACUAUUGACGAAUCAAAGAAGGAGUGGUUCAUUUAACAGGCGGAUGAUGGAACUCAGAGAAAGCAGGAAAAUGCGAGACCAUCGUUCACAGAUGAAGUCUAAUCAUACGACCGAUCACUGGCGAUAAAGAGGAGUGACUGUUCAAAAGGACAACAAACUCCCUGAGAAGAUGAGCGAUGUGAGAUAUUUCUGUUCCUUUUUUAUAUCCAGAGUAUUAGAAAAAGAAAAGACACUGAUCCUGAGGAGCACAGCUGUAAAAGACUGUACAUGUAUAUACUAACCAGAUUAUCCUUCUUUGUAUUGUGCUUGGGAGUUUUCAGGAGUCUUUUGAAUACUGUGUGUGACAAAUAAUUACACUUACUGGGUGGUGUAA